AUGAGAGUUUUGUCGGUUUUAUCGAUUGUUGGAUUGGUUGCAUCGCAAUAUAAUCAACCAGCUCAACAACAACCACAAUAUCAACCACAACAACAACCUCAAUAUAUUUAUGUUCCUCCUCCACCACCACCACAAUUGGUUGAUAGUAAGUUUUAGCGGAUGGAUUUUGAGUGCUUUUUAAUUUUUGAAAAAAAAUUAUUUGUGCGAAAAGUAUGCAUAACACGAAGUCCUGUGAACUGAGUAAUUCAUAUUUUAUUAUUAUUUUCAGACUAUGUUUGCUCGAUCGAAGGAAACUAUGGACUGUAUGGAGAACGCCGACCACGUAAGUCUAACCGUUUUUUUUUCACAAAAAAUCACUUCCCAUCCCAUUCCUCUCUUUUCAGAUUUCCGACCUCAACCAGCCUUCUGUAUCAAUGCUGGAGUCAAAGAAGAUUCGUGCCAACGUUGUUGCAAAAUGUCGGCUCAAAUUCAAAACUCUAACGUAAAUGAGAGUCAAAUUAGCGGUUUCAUUGCUGUCAUUGAAAAAUCAUCGCUUUGUGUUUGCUGUGCACCAAGAUCGGUUCUUGCCGUUGCUCAACAACCACAACAAACUACAUAUGUUGCACAAAGUCCAAGUGGAUCAGCUUAUUAA